GAAGUGAGUGCCCAAGGAAAUCCCCUAGCAUGAAGGCGCUGCUGGAGACAUCGACUACGAAUUAACGCAGGGCCUCCUCCAGUUGCAAGCUAUCGAAUGCCUUCGCAUGCGCCCAUGAACACGUCAAUGUCGCUUGCUGUUUUACGGGGGUUCUCUGCCAAAAAUAUCAUAGAGUACAAACUUCGUUCUGAAGAUGUGUGAGCACCUAGUUGAGUUGGAAGGUGGAUGGAGACGCAUCACGUGCUCAUGCAUGUGGCUACAUCUGUGGCGCCAAACGAGCAAGCGCGAUUGAGCGUCUCGCGAAACUGUCAGUACAACGCCAUUUAACUUGCAAUUAUGAUAUGACAUUGUAUGAACCGCUUGAAUCCUCUCAUUAUACCAUACCGCAAUGGACGAUCUAAAUAGCCUUGACUGGUCCCAACCCGCCAAAAAGACGGUCAACACCCCCGCGGUCUUCCCACCCUUCCGCCAGAGCCCCACGCCUCAGCUCUCUGGCCGUUCCACGCCUCUCUCUACACUGUCCGCGCAGCAAUCGGGAGCUGGAGCAAGUUUGACCGGCAACCACGCCUUCAAAGCACCCUCGAAACCUGCAACACCGGCAAACGACAGCUUCGCCGGUCUUGUGUCCCUCAAUACUUCCAAAGCCUCGACGAGCAACCUAUCACUACAAGAACGGCAGAAACAGAUACAGGAAGAGAAAUCAAGACACGAGGCGGAGAGGAGGAAACAAUAUGACGCGACCUUUGGAGGUGCGGAUUCGAAACACUGGGAUACGUUAGGGAGUGGGAAGAGCACACCAGAGCCUACAGCUUUUGGCGCACCUCGUCCUCCUAUAACUACGUCUGGCAGCCAGGGCCUGUCAAGAACUAUCAACAAGCCAUUUGCAGGCCUAGAUACGACCUCUAAACGCCCCGCGCUGUCUUCGCCCGCUGAGGAGGACCUUCUCGCAGCAUUCAACUCGGCAGCCCCUGUGGAUAAUUCGAGCCACUUUCCAUUCCCAUCACACGGUAGCGGCCGAAGCACUCCCGCAUACGGCUCAAAUGUAUCUCGAAACCAUACACCGCUGCCGCAGCCCUCCAGUAACAGCAACACGCCCAUGGACGACGACGACGACGACGACGAUAUGUUCGGCCUCAAGCAGAUGGCACAGAAGUCGGUGUCUCCAGCUCCACCACCCCAGGCGAAUGACGGCGAUGACGAUAUACUUGGGCUACUAGGCAAGCCUGUCUCAGAGUUCGAGAGGAAAGAACAACCGAGUCCAGUUGUGGAAGAAGCACGUACAGAGGGACGACGCCGAUCGCCACCAGGACCCCAGAACGCGCAUGACAAAGCUGUUGCUGAGCUGGUGGACAUGGGUUUCACCGCUGAUAAAUCUGCGAUUGCACUGGCGACGACCGAGUCUGGCUUAGAUGUGCAGGUAGCAGUAGGAUGGCUGUUGAAUCAAGCACAUGCAGAGGCAAAACAGAAAACCCAGAACCGCAGCCAGGACCGAUCAAGGCGGAGUCCUGACGAGUUUGUUGAGCGUCCAAGGCAAAGCGACAACAGACCUAAUGCAAGAGAGACAUCAAGAGACGCUCGUGCAGGCGGGUCUAAACCAGCAUGGAUGCGCGAUGAAGAAGGGCGGAGCCGGUCCAGCCAACGUCGACAAGAAGACCAACCUCAAGAAAAAGAUGUCACUCAAAUGGCUUCGGAGAUUGGCAAUAAUCUCUUCAAGUCCGCCAAUUCGUUGUGGAAGACUGGCCGCAAACAAGUACAGAAAGCCAUGGCCGACCUUCAACAAGAUGGUGAUAACAAUGUGCCCAAGUGGAUGCGAGACGCGCAAGCAGCGGAAGCAGCCCCCAAGUCAAGUAGGACGCAAAGAGAGCAGCAGGCUGCGACUGACGAGGCUAUGAUGCUAGAAGCGGGCGGACGUCCCAUCAAACCAUCGCGUCAGAGUGAAGUACGUCAACAAGCUGAACCUCUGCCCGUGCGACAACGCAGAGAGCAAGAAGGAGGGCGCAACGGCUUCCCAGAUCGCAUGUCAUCACAGUCGCCAUCCCAGCGGCAACAAACGUCAAGCUUAGACAAACGGCCAGCAACCAGAUUGACGCGGCAAGAUGUGGAGGAGCGAAGCCCUCAAGCAUACGUUAGUCCUGCGCGACGGAAGAAGUCUACACCGCAGCCGCAGGUAGAUCUGUUCUCUCCUGAGCCUACACCCUCGAGUCAAUCCUCGCGACAACCGACUCUGGUCCAGUCAAAGAAUCCGUUCCUUCAAGCAACAUCAACGCCCAAAGCUCGGAGUCCAGCAGUCACUCCUCCUCCACCGAGACCCAAAGCACCUCCUCGACAAAUUCCUCCUGUUUCUUCCUCAGCCCUCAAUUCAUCUGCAUCUGACCGACAAAGAGGGUCUGAAGCCUUCAAACGUGGCGACUAUUCAGCUGCACAUGCUGCGUACUCGUCUGCACUGAGCCCUCUACCCCAAUCGCAUCCAGUCACCAUUGUUGUACUCUGCAAUCGGGCUGUAACGAACAUCAAAGUGGGCGACCCUAAAGCCGCUAUAGUUGAUGCCAACGCUGCAUUAGCCAUCAUUGGCGUGUCGAGAGGGGAGGGUGAAAAGAUUGCUACAGGUGGUACUGAAGGAGACAAAGAUAUGAAAGAGUUUUACGGGAAGGCGCUCAUGCGGAAAGCCGAAGCGCUUGAAAACAUGGAGAAGUGGGCGGAUGCGCACACAGUCUGGAAGGAGGCCGUGCAAAAUGGUGUUGGAGGUGCAAUCAGUAUUCAAGGUCGCAACCGAUGCGAGAAGGCUGCGAGCGGAGGAAACACCUCGGCUGCCCCAGCAGCUGCAAAACGCCCCCCUCCAGCGCGCAAGCCCGCAGCACCAAAGCCUACCGCGCUCUCAGAUCUUGGCAGUGGACCCGCGAACGACUCGGAAGCUGUUAAGAAGUUGAAAGCCGCCAACGCUGCAGCCGAAAGAGCAGACGACGAGAAGUUUGCGCUUACAGACCAGGUUGAUGCAAAGCUUAUCGCGUGGAAGGGCACCAAGUCCGACAACCUACGAGCGUUGCUAGGCUCGCUAGACAAGGUGCUGUGGGAAGAGGCUGGGUGGAAGAAAGUCAACAUGGGAGAUUUAGUCAUGCCAAACAAGGUCAAGAUUGUGUACAUGAAGGCUAUUGCCAAGGUACACCCUGAUAAGAUCUCUCAAGCGGCUACGACAGAGCAGAAGAUGAUAAGUGCAGCAGUUUUCGCGACGUUGAACGAGGCGUGGGACAAGUUUAAGACGGAUAACAACCUAUAACUGUGCACUAACCUCGAAGCAAGCACUAUGAAUCUGGGGCUUCGGGACUAUAGCUCACAGACUCAGAGUAUGAGAUAUAGAGAAAUUUAAAGUCAGAACCA